AUGGACACCCGAACCUUCAUCUCCGACUCCCUCCUCCGCCUCACCAACGCCUCCGACGACACCGUCGUCGACUUCAUCCUCGCAACCGCCACCUCCGCUCGCUCGCCCUCCGCGCUGCAAGACAAACUCGCCCCCUUCCUCGACGGCGGCAGUCCCGACGAUGUGCGCGAUUUCUGCGACAAGCUGUACCGGCGUGUCGGGGCUAGCUCAAAACCGGCCCCUGCCGCCACCUCUGCUUCUGCCUCUACAUCCGCAUCGACUUCGACAAAAGAGCGCUCGUCGAAACGGUACGCGCUGCUGGAGAUGGAGGACGACUCUCUGGGCCCGGUGAAUGUCGAGGCGGAUCGGGAACGCGAGCGACGGCGCCGGCGGGAUCGCGACCACGACCGAGACCGGGGCGAUCGCAGUAGCGGCCGCAAGCGCGAGCGCAGUCGGGACGAGGGCGCGCGGUCGUCGAAGAAGCUGCGGCGGCGGGCGGCGGCGGACGAAGAUUUCGAGGACCGCUGGGGCGACGAGGACCUCCCCGAGGAGGAGGAGCAGGAUGCAGACGAGGGGGAAUUUGCCGAGUCGCCGGCCAAGCGCACGCGGUUAGAAGAGGGGAGUGCGUCGGCUGGCGCGGGCGAGGAGGAUGAAGACCUCGACCCCGAGACGCGGCGCGAGCUGGAGCGGCGGCGCGACCUCGAAGAGCGCGAUGAGUUCGCGAAGCGGCUGGCGAAAAAGGAUGACAGCAAGUCGAUGAAGGUGGUGGAGGACCGUACGCGGACGGGCGAGGCGGCGCGACGACGCGCGCUGGCGGACGAUGCGUCGGCGCGGGCGGCGGCCAUGCCGGAGCUGCGGCUGCGGUCGCGGCAGGAGUACCUGAAGAAACGCGAGAUGGAGCGGCUGGCGCUGCUGCGGAAGCAGGUGGCGGAGGAGACGGCGGAGCUGCGCGAGAACCCGCGGCUGACGCGGCGGGAGAAGGAGGAGUUUGCGCGCAACCGCGAGGUGCUGCGGAUUGCGGAGGAGCGCAUGCGCAUCGACGACCACCGCGACGGGUACAUGAUGCCGGACGACUACAUCACGGAGAAGGGCAAGAUCGAUCGCAAGAAGAAGGAGGAGGCGCUGUACAAGCGGUACGUGGAGCGCGACGAGAUGGGCCAGGAGCGCUUCGUCACCGAGCACGAGGAGUGGGAGCUGGAGCAGACGGCCAAGGCCAAGGCGCAGAUCAACCGCGCUGAGAUCGCCGACGAGGGCGACUACGAGUAUGUGUUUGACGACUCGCAGAAGAUCAACUUCGUCAUGGACGCCAAGAUGGAGGGCACGCGGAAGCCGUUGACGCAGGAGCAGCGCGCCCUGCAGGAGCAGCUGGACGCCGCGGAGAAGAAGGCCGCCUCCAUCGAGGACACCAGGAAGAGUCUGCCCAUUUACCAGUUCCGCCAGCAGAUCAUCGACGCCGUGCGCGACCACCAGGUGUUGAUCAUUGUCGGUGAGACGGGAUCCGGUAAGACGACUCAGAUCCCGCAGUAUCUCCACGAGGCCGGGUAUACCAAGAACGGCAUGAAGGUGGGAUGCACGCAGCCGCGGCGAGUGGCGGCCAUGAGCGUGGCGUCGCGUGUGGCCGAGGAGAUGGGCGUGAAGAUUGGGAACGAGGUCGGCUAUGCCAUCCGGUUCGAGGACAACACGAGCGACAAGACUGUGCUGAAGUACAUGACGGACGGUAUGCUGCUGCGGGAGCUGCUGACCGAGCCGGAUCUGGGGCAGUACUCGGCGCUGAUGAUCGAUGAGGCCCACGAACGGACGGUGCCUACAGACAUCGCCUGCGGUCUGCUGAAGGAUAUUGCCAAGGCGCGUCCCGACCUGAAGCUGCUGAUCUCGUCGGCGACCAUGGACGCGCAGAAGUUCCAAAAGUAUUUCGACGAUGCCCCCAUCUUCAACAUCCCCGGCCGACGAUACCCGGUGGACAUUCACUACACCUCGCAGCCGGAGGCCAACUACCUCGCCGCAGCCAUCACCACCGUCUUCCAGAUCCACAUUACGCAGGGGCAGGGCGACAUCCUCGUGUUCCUGACCGGUCAGGAGGAGAUCGAGGCCGCCGAGCAGAGCUUACAAGAGACGGCGCGGAAACUGGGGAGUAAAAUCCCCGAGAUGAUCAUCUGUCCUAUCUACGCGAAUCUGCCGUCCGAGCUCCAGACCAAGAUCUUCGAGCCGACGCCGCCCAAGGCGCGCAAAGUCGUGCUGGCAACGAACAUCGCCGAGACCAGUCUGACGAUCGACGGCAUCGUCUACGUGAUCGACCCGGGCUUUGUCAAGGAGAACGUCUUCAACCCGCGCACGGGCAUGGAGAGCCUGGUGGUGACGCCGUGCUCGCGGGCGUCGGCGAACCAGCGCGCCGGACGCGCCGGGCGUGUCGGGCCAGGCAAGUGCUUCCGACUGUACACGAAAUGGGCGUACUACAACGAGCUGGAGGAGAGCACAACGCCCGAGAUCCAGCGCACCAACCUGAGCAGCGUGAUCCUCAUGCUCAAAUCGCUCGGCAUCGACCAGCUCCUCGAGUUCGACUUUAUGGACCCGCCGCCGGCGGAAACGAUCAUCCGCGCGCUAGAACAGCUCUACGCGCUGGGGGCGCUCAACGACCGCGGCGAGCUGACCAAGAUCGGGCGGCAGAUGGCCGAGUUCCCGACGGACCCGAUGCUGGCCAAGGCGAUCCUGGCGGCGGACCGGUACGGGUGCGUGGAGGAGGUGCUGUCGAUCGUGUCGAUGCUGGGCGAGGCCAGCGCGCUGUUCUUCCGGCCCAAGGACAAGAAGAUCCACGCCGACAGCGCGCGCAACCGCUUCACCGUCAAGGACGGCGGCGACCACCUGACGCUGCUGAACAUCUGGAACCAGUGGGUCGACUCGGACUUUAGCUACGUCUGGGCGAAAGAGAACUUCCUGCAGCAGCGCAGUCUGACGCGCGCCCGCGACGUGCGCGACCAGCUCGCCCGCCUGUGCGACCGCGUCGAGGUCGCCGUCAGCACGUGCGGCGCCUCCAACCUCGUCCCCAUCCAGAAGGCCAUCACCGCCGGCUUCUUCCCCAACGCGGCGCGUCUCCAGCGCGGCGGCGACAGCUACCGCACCGUCAAGACCGGCCAGACCGUGUACCUGCACCCCUCCAGCACGCUGUUCGAGGUCAACCCGCGCUGGGUCAUCUACUUCGAGCUGGUGCUGACUAGUAAGGAAUACAUGCGGAGCAACAUGCCGCUGCAGGCCGAGUGGCUGAUCGAGGUGGCGCCGCAUUACUACAAGAAGAAGGAUCUGGAGACGCUGGGGCUGGAGCGGAAAAUGAAGGGGGAGGGCGCUGCCGGACAAAAGAGCCGUGACUAG